AUGCUUGGGGCUGCUGAAGCAGUCAGGAACAUACGUAGAGGCGCAUGGCAACGACAUGAUAUCGUUUCUUGUCAUUGUCCAGAACUAUCCUACGUACAUGUUCAUUGUCCGUGUCCGGUGGUGUGCAAUUCAAACGCUGUGUCUACUGCAACAGAACAUCGACAUUGGAGCAGGGCAUGUGAAUGUAUGGAUACUGAUGUUGAGUAAGUUACCAGCAAGUUAAUAAUGAUGUACCUGGGGGGGGGGGAGUAACCCUGUAGGGUGCCAGUGGACCGUGGUCUAUUGGUUCAUGGGCCCUCUAGAUGGAUGUGGCCCAACAUAAAAGUUAAUUUUUGGUAGUGUGACUGGGUUGUAGCUAAAUCUUCAAAAUUUACAGUCACUUUCGUAGUGAGGUGAGUUAAUUAUGUGAUUCUGUGUUUUAGACUUUAGAGGGUUUAAUAUUUAUUAUUAUAUAGUUAGUGUCAAAGUUCAAUUUUUCUGUUUGCCGAUUGGUCAAAACCGUAUCACGUGCCCCACAAAACGUCAUGUUAGGCAACCGGUCCACAAAUAUGAAACAUUUAUUGACCGGUCAAUAAUAAAAUAGGUGCAAUACUCAUGCGUGUCAACCCCGAAGUUGCUGGAAACAUUUUUUUUCGCCAACAUUUUUGGGGAAAAUAUGGUACCGUGGUAAUUUUUGGCCCAAUGUAGUAAUUUUAUGCAGCCAGAUGUGGUAAUUGCCCCUGAAAAAACCUGGUCACACUGAAGGGGUCCCACUUUUCUUCUUGACCACAUGUAAUUUCCAAAACCGAGGCAAAACUCGGGGGAAGAGCAAAUGAAUUGGUAAAUCUUCCAAUGAAUAGUCCUACAAUCUCCUAAAUUUCUGGAAGUAACUAGUGUGGGCACUGGAACCCCCACUCGCUUAGGGCUCGCGUGUUGUACAUGUGCAUGUAUCCCAGCUCAUUGCGUUGUAGAACAUUGUGAUAUCUCUUUAUACUGUAUGUUCUAAAAUUCUUGCUGAAAGCACGUGUACAAUUUGAUAAUAACUAAAAAAACAUAUGGUUUCUUUAAUUACGAUUGAUUGCAAUCAUAUAAAUAUAAUUGAUAGUUUGUAUUGGCCUUCCGUGGUAAUGCUGGUAUGAUUAUAAUCCAACAAUUCAAUAAUUAAGGCAUUGUGAAUUUAUAUCAAUAUCUUAUAAAAGUGCAAACUGUUAAUUAGAUUGUACACUCAUACAUCAACACUGUUUUUUUUAGUAGUGAAACAGCCGAGUCUUCUGACGGUGAAUUAGGUGGAGGUCUGAAUGAUUUAGAUGCACAUCUAACUGUUGGCAACAAUAUCGCACACACCACUUUUCAUGAGGAGAUGUCUUCUCUUGGGAGUACCAGUACUGAACCUAGUGAUGAUGAGUGUGAUCCAAUAGCAGACAGUGAUUGCACACUGGAGUCUCCUUUGACUAAUCCUGACGAAAGAGAAAUCGUUACUGCAAUUUUAGAAGCACUGAAUUUGGUGGACCAAAUACAAGGCUCUCAUAAAGAUUUUGUCGAUGUGUUGGAAUUCGCAGAAAAACUGUAUUCAAGAAACUACGAUGGGGAACAACCAGUGAAAUAUAUGUGGCCCAAGAGUUGGAGGGAGACAGAGAUGAUUUUAAAAAAAUGUGGCUACAGUGAUCCAAAGGAAUAUUACAUAUGCUUGGACCGGUCUCAAAUGGGACGUCGUGUUGAAUUCUGA